GGGCCUGAUGAUAAUGAAGAAGUCAUGCGAGCACUGCUCAUUCAUGAGAAAAAGACUUCCUCUGCCAUGGCUGGUUCAGUGGGGGCAGCCGCUCCAGUAACCACUGCCAAUGGCAGUGACUCAGAAAGUGAGACCAGUGAAUCAGAUGAUGAUUCUCCACCCCGUCCAGCAACUGUGGCUGCACAUCAACGAGAAGAGGAUGAAGAGGAGGAUGACGAGUUUGAAGAAGUAGCAGAUGACCCCAUUGUCAUGGUGGCUGGCCAUCCGUUCUCCUACAGUGAAGUGAGUCAACGGCCGGAGCUAGUGCCUCAGAUGACACCAGAAGAAAAGGAAGCGUAGAUAGCAAUGGGACAGCGCAUGUUUGAGGACCUCUUUGAGUGAGCUUUCCCUACUUUCUCCUUUCUGUAAUGCUCAGUUCAAAAGAAAUGUCUCAUCUUUGAAGAAAAGUAUUUAAGUGGCUUUCUGCCCCUUUUGAUGUAAGCAGCUGUUGAUCCUUGUGCAAAGAAUGAUGUGAGAGAGUUUGACUUUUAUGCCAGAAACUUUCCCAGCAAUGUAGAGUGGUGGGAAACCUACCCUUCCCUGCUGUCACUACAGUAUUAAUAUUUUACUGUAUUUUCUCAUCUACCUUUUUUCUUGCCUUAUUAAGACAUAAUUUUCUCCCUUCUGAAAUGAGUGAGGGAAGUUCAUAAGUAAAUGCUUCCUGUCCUUCUGUUUACUGCAAUAGAUUAUAAUAAUUCACUGAUUACACAUCCAUUUUAUCUGUUCUAGCAAGGCAUUCCAAACAAUUUCUUAUACUGCUGCCCACCAAAGCAGCUUGCCAACAAGCAAAUCAUGGAUUGGGGGAAAGAUCCUAAAACUUCCUUAGAAUUUGAGUGUUUCCUCAAAAUUGAGAUGGGUCAAUAUGUAAAGGGAGGUGAGAAUAUGUGUGGAAGAAGGAUAGAUAUACUUGAGUAUCGUGAUUAAUGUCUAAACCAGAAUUUGUAUCUGUAGAACUAACCAGACUGGUGGAUUUUAUUGUAUUGGUUAAUGUCUUUCGGUUUGGAUUUGGGAUGAUAGAAAACAGAAAGUAUAAUUGGUAAACCGUUAGUAAGAAAUCAGAAAAAACAUGGACAUUGGACAAGAACUCUGUGUAAAGGGUUGAAGAGUAACAAGUAUUGGGAACCGUGCCUUAGAACUGUGUGUUUGUCUGAUUUAGAAAUCCCUUAUAUAAAGCUGAGACUGGUCCUGGCUUUGUUCCUUUGUGUACAGACCUUUUGUCAGUGUUAUAAAUUGUUUAAUGAGGCCAUUCUAGCAGAAAUCAGCAUAGAAUAAUUUAUUCUUCUUCUCUGUCUCUGUCACUCUCCCUCUUUCUGAACAUCAUUGAAGGUUGUCUCUCUUUUCAUUCUUGUCAGAUAUGGUAUUUUAGAGUGCAUCCAGUAUAUCAUCGAGCAUUGUAACCUCAAUUGGGUUUUGAUAUGUAGCAUGGUGUUGUUCCCUAAGGCAGAACUUUAAAAAUAAAGAACUUUGACACAA